AUGCCACUACUCCCUGCCAACGUCGUUUCUCCGGUCAAGGAAGAAGACAGCGAUCCGCAUCAAGCCGGAACCAUACCACCAUGGGUACACAUCAACGACAGCGACGAGAAAGCGCGCUUCCUCCCGCCAGAACCAUCAGUACCCAAUACGCGGCACUAUAAACCACCAACCAAGUACGAGCCGGGGCGGAAGUGGGAUGCGUUUCGGACGGCAGAGCCAGGUCUGCUGUCGAUGCCCAUAGCAGACCAUCAGACGCGAUGGAUCCCGUUUAUGCAAUCCGGCCCGAAUCCACGAGAAUACAGAGGGGAAGGCGUUGUCAAGGAUGAGCAAUGGAUGGCUGAGAAUACGCCUAUAUUCACGAGAGGGUGGGAAGAGGAAGAUGAGAUCGACCCACAGGCAAAGGCGGGCCAGACAGGCAUGCAGGGGAUUGCGUUCCUAGGGAAAUGGCUCAUCAGUCCGGAGAGACAAGAGAGGACGGUCAAGUUCUUCUGGAGAAUGCUCCUAAAGAAUGCAUUUGUGCCACUGGUCUUUCGACUGACCAUUCUUACAUUCUCCGCCGCUGCCGCUGGCGUUGCUGGAACCAUUCUUUCAUCUGUCCACAAGGUCAACGAGGAUCCCGAUCCUAGCAACCAGUGCGCACCACGAGCUUCUACAUACAUGGGCAUCAUUGUCGGAUCGAUAGGCGUGCCGUACAUUGCCUACAUUACAUGGGACGAAUAUAUGAGCAAACCGCUUGGUCUGCGCUCCGUUGCGGCUAAGACACUUCUUCUCCUCUGUGAUCUAUACUUCAUCGUCUUCUCCGCCAGCAACUUGUCUCUGGCAUUUAGCGCUCUUCUGGACGACAGCUGGGCUUGUUACGAUAUCUCCUACCAGGUUGUCGGUGAUGUUCCAAUAGCGGUCUCUCGAACAUGUCCCAACAAUCCCGGGAUAUGCUCCAAGCAGAAAGCCCUGACGGGUGUGCUCUUCGUGGCUUUGGUGGCAUGGUUGUUGUGCUUCAGCAUCAGCGUGCUGAGGGUUGUCGAAAAGCUGCGACUCGACUACUAG